UGCUCUCAUUGCCCACCCGAGCUUUUUCGUAAAAAAAAAACCCAAAAGAUUGUCCUCCACAAUCGAUUUCAUACACUGACUUCUCAAGUCUUGCCACUUCAGUUUCCCCAGAAAAUGGCAACCCACAUCACAAACGGCGACGGAGUUGCCAGAGUCUCCGCCCUCAACUGCAUCGAUCUCUCGAGCUCCGACACCCACCAAUCCGUCUCUUUACUCAAACAGGCGUGUUUGGAUUGCGGGUUUUUCUACCUGGUGAAUCAUGGAAUAAGCGAGGAAUUCAUGGCGGAGGUGUUUGAUCAGAGCAGGAGGCUUUUCGAGUUGCCAUUGAGUGCAAAAAUGGAGCUUUUGAGGAACAAGAAUUACAGGGGAUAUACCCCUUCUCUCGACGAGCAUCUCGAUCAUGAAAACCAAGUUCACGGAGAUUACAAGGAGGGGUAUUACAUAGGAGUUGAGCUACAAGAAGAUGACCCAGAAGCUAAAAAGCCGUUUUAUGGGCCUAAUGUUUGGCCUGCUCCAGAUGUGUUGCCGGGGUGGAGGGAGACCAUGGAGGAAUAUCAUAGACAAUGCUUGGAGGUGGCUAAGUCAGUUGGUAGGCUUGUGGCCCUUGCUCUUGAUCUCGACAUCCAUUUCUUCGACAAACCAGAAAUGCUUGGCGAGGCUAUAGCAACACUGCGUUUACUACACUACGAUGGUCAAGUUUCUGAUCCAGCAAAUGGAAUUUUUGGAGCUGGAGCUCAUUCGGACUUUGGUUUUAUAACCCUAUUGGCAACAGAUGAUGUUGCAGGUCUCCAAAUAUGCAAGGAUAAGGAUGCGAAACCUCAAAUAUGGGAAUAUAUACCACCAAUAAAAGGGGUAUUUAUAGUGAAUAUUGGUGACAUGCUGGAACGCUGGAGCAACGGCAUUUUCAAGUCCACAUUGCAUAGAGUUGUAGGGAACGGUCAAGACAGAUACUCUAUCGCAUACUUUAUAGAACCAAGUCACGAUUGUCUUGUUGAGUGUUUGCCUACGUGCAAAUCUGAAAAGAACCCUCCCAAAUUUCCCCCGAUCUUGUGCCGCACUUACCUGAGCCAGCGCUAUUACAAUACUCACGCCAAUCUGAAUGUCUACACCGAACAUAACAAAUAAUUUUGUCAGUUCUGCUGCAAUUGAAGAUGAUUCCUCAUUCUUCUAAGAUAGCUAGCAUAAGUUUCAAUAUGGUUCAACGAUUGCUGUACUUGAUAAUCGCUACGUCACUGUUCAUAUUGUAUCCUUCUGUAACUUCAUAUAACCUUGUAAUCUGGUACCCUACCACAAUAAAAUUUCUUCCAUUUUUGUUGCAGAA